GGUACCUUCAUCCAGCCAAAGACUGUCUGCAGACUCAAACCCAACAUGAGUUACAUCACUGCCAUCGACGUGUCUCUGAACGAGGGUGAGGAGGAAAUGCUACGUGGUAAUGGCUACAUCCAAAUUCCUGUUAAUACAAACAUUGGAAACUCAGGAGAUAAAGUUUACCUCUGGUACAUGAGAGGCAGCAGUCAAGGUGUAACCAGGGUUCAGCUCUCGUUCAAUGAUGCCAUGACUAAGGGCCUGAUAGAAGCAGGUUACCAGAAGAUCGACAAAGACCUGAAUGCAAAAACGGGUGGUGACCAAAUCAACCUGUGGUACUGCACAGUUCCCAACGAAGUUCCCAUUGUUGACUUGUUCAUCGCUACAGAAGCAGGAGAUGAAGCCCAGCUGUUCAGACUUGGUUGGGAAAGGCUGGCCUGUAACCUGAAUAGGAAGGCUGGGGGAAAAAGGAUCUACCUGUGGGUGAAGAGAGAAAAAACAAUGUAUCUCUGUGACAUCAUGGCCACUAAAGGUUUUGAAAAGGACCAGCAACUCUUCAAGAAAGGCUUCAUCCGAAUAGAUGAGACCACCAACAGAGCUGCAGGAGGGCCCUUCAUCUUCAUCUGGUACCUUCAGAAAGCUGAUAGCCACGAGGCCAUCACUGAUCUGCAAGUCUCCACUACCAAGGAGGAGGUUGAUUUUUGGAAAAAUAAUUCGUAUAGUUUAGUGGAUCAGGAUCUGAACGAGGGAACAGAUGGAAACCAGAUCAACCUGUGGUACAAGAGAAAGGAAUCCAGCGACCCCAUCAAGACCGCCACUCUGAUCGUCAAGAAAUUUAGUGCAUUGUCAUAUAGCAGGGCCGGAGUCCAGAUCAUCUACAGAAAUCUCAAUCAAGGAAAUGAGGGAGCUUUAGAGUACCUGUGUUUUUACCAGUGAGUUGUCAUGGAAACAGAGAUGGGCUUGCUCACUUUGCAGAUUCAGAAAAAAAGGAUUCCAUGUUAAAUGAGUUUGGUGAUGGUUUUGUUCUUCUUAAAGAGUGUUUUUAAAUGUUGUCAUCCCCAGAGGUUUUCUUUAACUGACAUGAAUCUAUUACGCAGUAUUGAUCCGACAACCAA